AGAGAGAGAGAGAGAGAGAGAGAGAGAAAGAGAGAUGAUCGAUCGAUCGAUAGAUAGAUACACACACACACACACACUCACACACACACACGAGUUGCGUGACCACGAGCCAAUAAGAAUCUUGGAAUAUGUCUGACAACCAAGGAAUGGAGAACAACGACGAAGAACAACAACUUCUCGGUGCCGCGGGUGGGGAAGAUGUCAUUGAUGAUCCCAUCCUAGAGCAGGGAGCAAUUGUCCUCAGAGGGUAUGUGAUUGAGAGAAUAAAUACAGAAGACCCCUGUCGACAAGUUACUUCUGAGGAUUUGGGUGGACGUUCAAAUGAACAACAGGAUCCACAAAUCAAAGAAGUUGUGGAACAACUACUUAAGAUUGCUGAUGAAUUGAACCGAAAUGCAGAGCUCCAACGACUGAUCAACCAGGUUCAAGGAAACUGUGCUCGGGAUAUUUUCAUGAAAGUGGCCAGGAACAUCUUUGCUGAUGGCAUCAACUGGGGUCGAGUUGUGGCUCUCUUCCAUCUAGCAUACAGACUCAUUUACAAGGCACUGACCACAAAUCAUCUUGAGAACAUCAGACUUAUAAUCAGCUGGGUACUCCAGGUUAUCAGAGAGAAACUCUACUAUUGGCUUGUUCAGCAGGGAGGCUGGGAAGGUGUAAUCCGUGGAUGGUCUCACUGGAGGACAGUUACCUUAGUGGCAUCAGUAAUUUUAGUGGCAACCAUUGUUUAUUAUAAACGGACACGCUGACAAACAGCUGACAAUCUUCAAUGCUUCAGUUAGGCACUAAUUGCAACCAACAUUUUCAUUUGUUUAUCGGAAAUGUUUUUUAGGCCAUUAAUUACUGUCAUUGAUGAACCAAAGAAAGGGUUAGGCCAGUGCUUCUCAUUUAUUUUCUGUGAUGCCCCCCCAUGUUAUUAACAUUAAAGAAAAACAAAAAAUAAAUAAAAAAGAAAGAUCAACUUACAAUGAAGAAUAACUUUAUAAAUACCAUUGUUUUUUAGUCUAACAGAACAGAUUCAAAGUGCAUCACUUUGCCUGAAAUUAAAAAAUAAACUAUAAUUAUUCAAACUAUAAACAUUCUUGACCAACUGCCAUUUUAUGCUGAAAAAAAUAAAA